AUGCUAAAUAAAUUUUUAAAAACAAUUAUAAUUCUCUUGAUAAUCGUUAAAAUUAGUGUUACAUCUUUGGUCGGCAGCUGUAAUCAAUGUUUUGCCAGCAAUAAAAUUGCCUGUUUGGAUGAGACUCAUUUCGCCACUUGUUUCCAGGGCUCACCCACCUCAACGGUAACCAAGUGCCCGGCCAAUCGCUUUUGCACAAAUGAUGUGCUUAUAUGCCACUCUUCGGCGGAGGGUUUUACACCCAUUUGUUAUAACGAUAAUUGUGGUGAUUGUGAGAUCACCAAUGGCGUUUUCACUUGUCUAGAUGAGACCACAUAUGGUUAUUGUUUUGGUGGAAAAACUCCCCUAAAGGGAUCUUUACGCUCGUGUCCACAGGGGUUCGUUUGCAAUUAUAAUUCUCGAGCGGUUUGUGUGCCAGAGGAUACGCAUGAGCCAUCUUGUACAGGUAGUUCAACAUCCACAACUGAUGCAACAACAAUUACAACAGAAAUCAGCACUAUACCAACUGAGUCCACAACCGACGAUACCACAAUAACAGUUACUACAGAUUCAACUACGACUGACCAAACAACAACUACGGAAAUAACAACAGAAACAACUAACACACCAACAACUCAGGAAACUGAAUCUACAACAGAAACAACUACUGAAAUGACAACAACACCCACAUCCCCUACAACGGCAGUGCCACGCGAUCCCAACACAAUUUGUGGAGAUAUUGGAAAAACGGGCUAUUUCAAAUCUGAUGAUCCCACAUGUCGAGAAUAUAUCUAUUGUUAUCUUUUAUCAGGGCAAUAUUUGGGCUGGGUUUAUUAUUGCGAUGGUUACUUCAAUGCUGCUACUCAAAAGUGUCAAAAACAAAAACCUGCAGAUUGCCUGGCUUACUAGAGUUGAUUCCAAUUGCUGUUGAGGUUUAAGAACAGUAGGCUGGUUUGUGAUCAGAACAGAUUUUAUGAGAACUAUCGUAAUACUGUCCUACAGGGCAUUGCUUUAAUAGUCCCAUUGGCUUAUCAUUCAUAGUGAAGCAUAUUAUAAAU